GCCACACGCCGCGCUCGCAAAAGUUCAUUUAGAGCCGGCGGCAAUGUCUGGCCCUUAGAGGGCACAGAGCUGCUUGGCGUUUUGCCCCAACGAGCGACUUGUCCCCUAACCACUCGAAACAAUAGCCCCAAGCUCACCAUGAAGAUGGUUUCCGUCCUCGCCCUGACAGCUCUCUUUGCAGCCAGCGCUAGCGCGCUCAAGCUUAAUGGCCGAGAGCUGCCAAAGGACUUCAAGUACGGCUGCGGCGUCUCUGCUUAUCAGGUCGAGGGAGCUUGGAAUGCUGACCGCAAGUCGGCAUCCAUCUGGGAUCGCUUCGCUCAAAUGCCUGGCAAAACUGAAAAGGGUCAGAAUGGUAACGUGGCCAUGGACUUUUACCAUAGCUACGCCAAGGACAUUCCACUUUUCUUCUCGGCCACGGGCAUCAAGACUUUCGACACGACCUUGGCGUGGACGCGAAUCCUGCCGCAAGGCACGGGCAAGACGGCCAACAAGGCCGGCAUCGACUACUACCGACGAGUCGCCCAGGCCACGCACAAGGCGGGUGGUACCUUUACCGCUACUCUCUAUCACUGGGAUUUGCCCGAGGCUCUCCAGCAGCGCUACAAGGGCUGGGUCUCGCCCAAGAUCGUCGAUGACUUUGGCAACUAUGCCCGCGUCGCAAUGACUGCUCUUGGCGAUGUCGUCGACGAAUGGAUAUCGCUGAAUGAGCCUCGCACCUUUUGCACCGAGGGCUACGGCCCUGAGCCGGUUUCUGCCCCUGGCUACAACGGCACCCUCAUCGACCAGUAUCGCUGCUUCCACCACGCGCUCCUGGCCCACGCUCGUGCCGCUGAAGUCUUCGCCGACCUCAAGAAGCAAGGCAAAGUCAAAGGCAAGUUCUCGAUCAAGAUUGAUGGCGCCCCCGCCAAGCCCUUCGAUCCGAAGAGCAAGAAAGAUCAGGAAGCUGCGACGCGAAUCAUGGACAUGCAAGAGACUGGGUGGGCUCUUGGCCCUCUCACCACAGGCGACUACAGUCACUCCCUUCGCGAGGCUUUCGGAAAAGACCUGCCCCAGUUUACCAAGCAAGAGUCUGAGUCGCUGAUGCGGUCGUAUGAUUCCGUCUACUACGAUGUCUACACAUCCGUCUACGCCAAGCACAUCGAUGGCUGCAAACGCGGUGACGACACCUGGCCCUUCUGCGUUGAAGAGACGUCAGACAAGAAUGGCAAGCCCAUCGGCAAGCCUACGGGAUCCGACUGGAACUUCCUUGUGGACGACACACUCUACUCGGGCCUACACUACAUGCACGACCGCUGGGGUCUGAAGAAGCCUUUGAUUGUCGGCGAGACAGGCCUUGCGGUCAAGGGUGGGGACAAGCAAAGUCUUGCACAGAAGCUCAACGACAAGGACCGCGUCGAGUGGUAUCGCACCUACUUUGCCCAGAUGGAUCGCAUCUUCAAGGAGGGCAAUACAGUCAACCUUCAAGGCUUCACCUUCUGGUCGUGCAUCUCCAACUUCGAAUGGCACAGCGGCUACGGUCCAGACUUCGGCGUCAUCUACGCCCCGCCUGGAGCCAACAAGCCCCGUCACGUCAAGAAUUCGGCCCACUACCUGAAGGACGUUCUUGUUCACGGCCUAUCUUCUGCCAGCACCAAGUGGGGAUGACGUGCGCCGGACGGAAUCUCGGGACCUCAUCGCCGGACGAUGAGGCUAACCCUCUGCCCUGGCUCUGAUUAGCUUGCUUGGGGUGCUUGCUUGGGGUGCUUGCUUCAUCAAAGACAAUAUGAUCAAAACUUCAUAUCAUGCC